AUGAAUAUAAUAAAUAAAGCUACAUUUGGAGGUGGGUGCUUUUGGUGUAUUGAAGCUAUCUACAGAAGAAUUUAAGGAGUAACUGAAGUAUACUCUGGAUAUAGUGGAGGUGUAUAAAAAAAUACUGCAAAUUAUAAAGAUGUAUGCAAAGGGAAUACUGGUCAUGCUGAAGUUGUUCAAGUUAUUUUCGAAUAAAAUAAGGUUGAUUUUAAGGAUUUAAUUUAUAUUUUCUUUGCUUCACAUGAUCCUACUACUUUAAAUAGAUAAGGUGAUGAUGAAGGUGAACAAUAUCGUUCAGUUAUUUUUUAUCAUAGUGAAUAACAAAAGGCAAUAGUUGAGGAUGUUAUAAAGGAAUUACAAAAAGAAUAUAAGAACCCUAUUGUGACUUAGAUAGUUUAAUUUUAAGAAUUUUAUAAAGCUGAAGAUUAUCAUUAAGGAUAUUAUGAUAGCAACUAAAAUGAAGGAUAUUGUAGAGUAGUAAUAUCUCCUAAGAUUGAAAAGAUCAUCAAGAAAUAUAAGACUUAACUUAAACCAGAAUAUUAAUGA